AUUUAGCAUCACAUCAAAAGACCUUGGCUUUUUUCAUGUGCAUGAGACAUAUUAGCUUGUCUUUAGAGAAAGAAACUUCUCCUUGAGGGAUAAUACAACAGAAAGAACAGUUUGCCCAUGGACAGAAGGUCUGCGCGUGGACGUGAUGCGUGCACGCACUUCCGAACCGGUAGGGAAAUAGAUUGGAGCACCUCACCACAAGUGGUACCAUGGAGUUGUCACCUAUUGUCACUCAACCACAAAGUCACAGAACCACAAGGAGUUUCGAGUGGCAGACCGAGCUCUGCGAUUGCGGCGAUGACUGUAACAUCUGUCUGUGCGGAGCCUUCUGCCUCUGUUGCCUGGGGUGUAUCGUUGCCAAAGACAUGGACGAGUGUUGUUCCUGUGGUCCUACCGUAGCCAUGAGGACACGAUAUCGCACUUUGUAUAGGAUUCCGGGGUCGAUCUGCUCAGACUGUCUCACCACCACUUUCUGCUGCCCUUGUAACCUCUGCCAGCUCAAGAGAGAUAUCAACAGGAGGAAGCAGUUAGGGAUUUUCUAGGUUGGUCAGAGAGAAGCAGGAAACGUGAAGAAGGACCUCAACUUCUCAGGACCUCGGUAGAUCUCCUGCAAAGUUCUGCACCGUAGAAGCUCCAUUUGCACCACUGGCAGGAUUCCCGCAGGGCUUGCUUGCUUUGGGCUUAGCAUUUUGUGGUUUGCAUCGUGAUUUACAGAUCGUAAUUUAUACCAUGUCAGCGUGUGGUUUUUAAUUCAGCAAAUUGUGCCUUAUUUAAUAAAAAUGGGAAUAACAUGUGA